GAGGCUGGAGCAAUCACGGGGGCCUUUAGGCAGAGACAGCCCUUCCUCACCUGUUCCAGAAGGAUGUCAGGGCAGCUGAUAGGCCAGGCUGCGCCGUACGUGUAUCUGGGACUUGAUGGAAGAAUAAAGCCCUCGGUAAAAAUAACCACUGGCAUGCUUGGCCGCUACAGUGGGGCGUGAGGGGGGAAGGUCGCCUCAUGGCCACUCGGCUGGUAUCGCUGUCCAUUACACCUGUGGUGAGGCCUCAGGCACAGGGAGUCCCCGGGCUGACGGCCCAGGCUGUGACCGCCACUGUCCCUGUGCCCUAGGAGAAGGAGAGGAAUGCACGGAGGAAGAAGAAGAAAGCCCCAGCUGCCGCCAGUGAGGAGGCUGCCUUCCCGCCUGUGGUGGAGGACGAGGAGAUGGAAGCAUCGGGUGCAAGCGGGAAUGAGGAGGAGAUGGCGGAGGAGGCAGAAGCCUUACACACCUCUGGGAACGAGGUGCCCAGAGGGGAAUGCAGUGGCCCAGCCACGGUCAACAACAGUUCUGACACCGAGAGCAUCCCCUCGCCCCGCACCGAGGCCGCCAAGGACACGGGGCAGAACGGGCCCAAGCCCCCACCUGGCCCCGGCAGCGACGUGCCACCUGCCGAGCCACCCACCCCACCACCAGAGGACGCUCUGGCCCCCACCGAGCCCACCCCAGCCCCCGAAGCCACCGGCCCGCCCACGCCCCCGCCAGCACCCGCGUCGCCCACCGCACCCCCUCCUGUGGUCCCCAAGGAGGAGAAGGAGGAGGAGGAUGCGGCAGCCCCCCUGGCGGUGGCGGAGGAGGAGCAGAAGCCCCCCGUGGCCCGAGAGCUGGCUGUGGACGUGGGCAAGACGGAAGAGCCUGGUGAGGCGCCCCCCGCGGAGCCCAUCAAGAGCGAAUGCAAACAGGAGGCCGCGGAGGAGGGGCCCGACAAGGGCAAGGGGGGCUCUGAGGCCAGCGCCGAGGCCGUGCCCGAGGGGGCCCUCAAGGUGGAGAAGAAAGAGGGCGGUGGCCCCGGGGGCAAAGCUCCCACAGCCAAGGGCGCGGGAGCCCCCCAGGACAGCGACUCCAGUGCCACCUGCAGUGCAGACGAGGUGGACGAGCCCGAGGGGGGUGACAAGAACAGGCUGCUGUCACCACGGCCCAGCCUCCUCACCCCGACCAGUGACACCAGGGCCAACGUCUCACCCCAGAAGCCGCUGGACCUGAAGCAGCUGAAGCAGCGGGCAGCCGCCAUACCCCCAAUCCAGGUCAGCAAAGUCCAUGAGCCCCCCCGGGAGGACACAGCUCCGCCCGCCCCCCCGCCACCGCAGCCCCUGCAGCCAGAGAACGACACCCCCCAGCAGCCCAGCAGCAGCCCUCGAGGCAAAAGCAGGAGCCCCGUGCCUCCUGCUGACAAGGAGGCAGAGAAGCCUGUGUUCUUCCCAGCCUUUGCACCCGACGGCCAGAAGCUGCCCACAGAGCCCCCGUGCUGGACAUCAGGCCUGCCCUUCCCUGUGCCGCCUCGUGAGGUGAUCAAGGCCUCCCCGCAUGCCCCUGACCCCUCGGCCUUCUCCUACGCCCCACCUGGUCACCCACUGCCUCUGGGCCUCCACGACAGUGUCCGGCCUGUGCUACCACGCCCACCCACCAUCUCCAACCCGCCGCCCCUCAUCUCCUCCACUAAGCACCCCAGCGUCCUCGAGAGGCAAAUGAGUGCUAUCUCCCAGGGCAUGUCGGUGCAGCUCCACGUCCCAUACUCCGAGCACGCCAAGGCCCCUGUGGGCCCUAUCACCAUGGGGCUGCCCCUCGCCAUGGACCCCAAGAAGCUGGCACCCUUCAGCGGAGUGAAGCAGGAGCAGCUGUCCCCACGGGGCCAGGCUGGGCCACCGGAGAGCCUGGGAGUGCCCACAGCCCAGGAGACAUCCGUGCUGAGAGGGACAUCCCUGGGCUCGGUUCCAGGAGGAAGCAUCACCAAGGGCAUCCCCAGCACGCGGGUGCCUUCCGAGAGCCCCAUCACCUACCGCGGCUCCAUCACCCACGGCACUCCGGCCGACGUCCUCUACAAAGGCACCAUCACCAGGAUCAUCGGUGAGGACAGCCCCAGUCGCCUGGACCGCAGCCGGGAGGACAGCCUGCCCAAGGGCCACGUCAUCUACGAGGGCAAGAAGGGCCACGUCCUGUCCUACGAGGGUGGCAUGUCGGUGUCCCAGUGCUCCAAGGAGGACGGCAGGAGCAGCUCUGGACCUCCGCACGAGACGGCUGCCCCCAAGCGCACCUAUGACAUGAUGGAGGGCCGCGUGAGCAGGGCCAUCUCCUCGGCCAGCAUUGAAGGUCUCAUGGGCCGCGCCAUCCCGCCGGAGCGACACAGCCCCCACCAUCUGAAAGAGCAGCACCAUAUCCGAGGCUCCAUCACACAAGGGAUUCCGCGGUCCUACGUGGAGGCCCAGGAAGACUACCUCCGCCGGGAGGCCAAGCUCCUGAAACGCGAGGGCACGCCCCCGCCGCCCCCGCCGCCCCCGCGGGACCUGGCCGAGGCCUACAAGGCCCGACCCCUGGAGGCCCUGGGGCCCCUGAAGCUGAAGCCGGCCCAUGAGGGGCUGGUGGCCACGGUGAAGGAGGCCGGCCGCUCCAUCCACGAGAUUCCGCGAGAGGAGUUGCGACGCACACCUGAGCUGCCCCUGGCCCCGCGGCCGCUCAAGGAGGGCUCCAUCACGCAGGGCACCCCGCUCAAGUAUGACACUGGCACGUCCUCUGCCGGCUCCAAAAAGCAUGACGUGCGCUCCAUCAUCGGCAGCCCCGGCCGCACGUUCCCGCCCGUGCACCCGCUGGACGUGAUGGCCGACGCCCGGGCGCUGGAGCGCGCCUGCUACGAGGAGAGCCUGAAGAGCCGGCCGGGGGCAGCCGGCAGCUCUGGGGGCUCCAUCACCCGGGGGGCCCCGGUCAUCGUGCCCGAGCUGGGCAAGCCGCGCCAGAGCCCCCUGACCUACGAGGAGCACGGGGCGCCCUUCGCCGGCCACCUCCCACGCGGCUCGCCGGUGACCACGCGGGAACCCACCCCGCGCCUGCAGGAGGGCAGCCUCUCGUCUAGCAAGUCAUCCCAGGAUCGAAAGCUGACGUCGACGCCCCGUGAGAUUGCCAAGUCCCCUCACAGCGCCAUGCCUGAGCACCACCCCCACCCCAUCUCGCCCUACGAGCACCUGCUUCGGGGCGUGAGUGGUGUGGACCUGUACCGUGGCCACAUCCCACUGGCCUUCGAUCCCGCCUCCAUACCCCGCGGAAUCCCUCUUGAUGCAGCCGCUGCCUAUUACUUGCCCCGACACCUGGCCCCCAACCCCACCUACCCCCACCUGUACCCACCGUACCUCAUCCGCGGCUACCCUGACACAGCAGCGCUGGAGAACCGACAGACAAUCAUCAACGAUUACAUCACCUCGCAGCAGAUGCACCACAACGCGGCCACCGCCAUGGCCCAGCGAGCUGACAUGCUGAGGGGCCUGUCGCCCCGCGAGUCCUCACUGGCACUCAACUACGCCACCGGCCCUCGAGGCAUCAUCGACCUGUCCCAAGUGCCACACCUCCCCGUGCUGGUGCCCCCAACACCAGGCACGCCCGCCACCGCCAUGGACCGCCUCGCCUACCUCCCCACAGCACCCCAGCACUUCAGCAGCCGGCUCAGCAGCUCCCCGCUCUCCCCAGGGGGCCCCACUCACUUGACAAAACCCUCCGCCACCUCCGCGUCCGAGAGGGAGCGGGAGCGGGACCGAGACCGGGAGCGCGAGAAGUCCAUCCUCACGUCCACCGCCACGGUGGAGCACGCGCCCAUCUGGAGACCCGGUACAGAGCAGAGCAGUGGCGGCGGCGGAGGUGGGGGCGGGGGCGGCAGCAGCAGCCGCCCCGCCUCCCACUCCCACUCCCACCAGCACUCGCCCAUCUCACCCCGGAGCCAGGACGCCAUCCAGCAGAGACCUAGCGUGCUGCACAAUACGGGCAUGAAGGGCAUCAUCACCUCCGUGGAGCCCAGCACACCCACGGUCCUGAGGUCCACCUCCACCUCCUCGCCUGUCCGCCCGGCCGCCACAUUCCCACCCACCACCCACUGUCCACUGGGCGGCACCCUCGACGGGGUCUACCCCACCCUCAUGGAGCCCGUCUUGCUGCCCAAGGAGGCCCCAAGGGUCGCCCGGCCUGAGCGGCCCCGUGCAGACGCUGGCCACGCCUUCCUUGCCAAGCCCCCGGCCCGCACGGGGCUGGAGCCCGCCUCCUCCCCCAGCAAGGGCUCCGAGCCGCGGCCCCUGGCGCCCCCCGGCUCCAGCCACACGGCCAUCGCCCGCACCCCAGCAAAGAGCCUCGCACCCCACCACACCAGCCCGGACCAGCCUGCGCCCGCCUCGGCCGCGGACCUGCACCGGGAAAAGACUCAAAGUAAACCCUUUUCCAUCCAGGAACUGGAGCUCCGUUCUCUGGGUAAGACCACCCUGACAGCGGCCACCUUCAUAGACGCGAUAAUCAUGCGUCAAAUUGCUCACGAUAAAGGGCCGCGAGAAGGAGGUUCGCUGGCCAACGACUCCCCUCCCGAUGGUUAUCACGGCGGCAGCUACAGCCCCGACGGGGUGGAGCCCGUCAGCCCUGUGAGCUCGCCCAGCCUGACCCACGACAAGGGGCUCCCCAAACACCUCGAGGAGCUGGACAAGAGCCACCUGGAGGGGGACCUGCGGCACAAGCAGCCAGGCCCCGGCAAGCUGGGCGGAGAGGCUGCCCACCUCCCACACCUGCGGCCGCUGCCCGAGAGCCAGUCCUCGUCCAGCCCGUUGCUCCAGACCACCCCAGGGGUCAAAGGUCACCAGAGGGUGGUCACCCUGGCACAGCACAUCAGUGAGGUCAUCACGCAGGAUUACACUCGCCACCACCCACAGCAGCUCAGCGCGCCCCUCCCUGCCCCCCUCUACUCCUUCCCUGGAGCCAGCUGCCCCGUCCUGGACCUCCGCCGCCCACCCAGCGACCUCUACCUCCCGCCCCCGGACCACGGCGCCCCGGCUCGUGGCUCACCCCACAGUGAAGGGGGCAAGAGGUCUCCAGAGCCAAGCAAGACGUCAGCCCUGGGCAGCAGUGAGGAUGCUAUCGAACCCGUGUCCCCACCGGAGGGCAUGGCAGAGCCUGGGCAUCCCCGAAGUGCCAUGUACCCGCUGCUGUACCGGGACGGGGAGCAGGUGGAGCCCAGCAGGAUGGGCUCUAAGUCUCCAGGCAACACCAGUCAGCCACCGGCCUUCUUCAGCAAACUGACCGAGAGCAACUCCGCCAUGGUCAAAUCCAAGAAACAGGAGAUCAACAAAAAGCUGAACACCCACAACCGGAACGAGCCAGAGUACAAUAUCGGCCAGCCCGGGACGGAGAUCUUCAACAUGCCCGCCAUCACCGGAGCAGGCCUCAUGACCUGCAGAAGCCAGGCGGUGCAGGAGCAUGCCAGCACCAACAUGGGGCUGGAGGCCAUUAUUAGAAAGGCGCUCAUGGGUAAAUAUGAUCAGUGGGAGGAGCCCCCGCUCAGCGCCAAUGCUUUUAACCCUCUGAAUGCCAGUGCCAGCCUGCCCGCUGCUAUACCCAUAACCGCUGCUGACGGACGGAGCGAACACGCACUCACCUCGCCAGGUGGUGGCGGGAAGGCCAAAGUCUCUGGCAGACCGAGCAGCCGAAAAGCCAAGUCCCCGGCCCCAGGCCUGGCGUCUGGGGACCGGCCACCCUCGGUCUCCUCAGUGCACUCGGAGGGGGACUGUAACCGCCGGACCCCACUCACCAACCGCGUGUGGGAGGACCGGCCUUCGUCCGCAGGUUCCACGCCAUUUCCCUACAACCCCCUGAUCAUGCGGCUGCAGGCGGGUGUCAUGGCCUCCCCACCCCCACCUGGCCUCCCCGCGGGCAGCGGGCCCCUUGCCGGCCCCCACCAUGCCUGGGACGAGGAGCCCAAGCCACUGCUGUGCUCGCAGUAUGAGACGCUCUCCGACAGCGAGUGACUGUCAGAACGGGGUGGGGGGCGGCGCCGGGGCCCAGCGAGUGGCCAGAGCAGCCGGGCAAGGAGCGGGGCAGCCGCUGACUCCCCCCACUGAGGAAGGAGCCCCUGAGUCUGCCUGCGCACCCGUCAGUCCGUCCGUCCAGAGCCGGCAUCCUUGCCUGUCUAAAGCCUUAACUACGACUCCCGCCCCGGGCUGGUCCUGUGCAGUGACCUUACUCAGGGGAUGUUUACCUGGUGCUCGGGAGGGGAGGGGCCGGGGAGGGGGCGCGGCAGCGUGUGGUGGCCACACGCUCGUAGCCGGGGCGGCCAGGGACCCAAAGCAGGAUGACCACGCACCUCCCACGCCACUGCCUCCCCCCUUAACACAUUUGGAACCAAAGUCUAAACUGAGCUAGCAGCCCCCGCACCCUCCCUCCGUCCCCAUUCCGCUUCUCGCUCUGGACAGACGGACACGGGCCCUGUCCAGCCCCCAGCGCCCUCGUCCCGGUCUCCACGGACUGCCCCGGUCAGCGAGACCGCGGGAGACCCAGCUGGGCCGGAUGGGCGGGCGAAAGGGCCAGGUGCGGUCUGGGGCGAGCGGACGCUCCAAGGAACUGGACUGUUUGUCUCACACAGCGUUGCCGCAGCGGUGGGAAGGAAAGGCAGGUGUAAAUGAUGUAUUGGUUUACAGGGUAUAUUUUUGAUACCUUCAAUGAAUUAAUUCAGAUGUUUUACGCAAGGAAGGACUUUACCCAGUAUUAUUGCUGCUGUGCUUUCGAUCUCUGCUUCCCGUUCAAGAGGCGUGUGCAGGCCGCCAGCCAGUGACCCCAUCGUCCGCAGGACUGAGGGGGGCGGGGGGUGAGCGCCCCUGCAUCCUCUCCCCCUUCCUUGGGCAGAAUGAAUUUGAUGGGUAUUCUGUGGCCGCCAUCUGCGUACGGCGGUGGCAUUCUGUCAUUUACACACGUUGUUCUCAUUAAAAAGCAAAUUAUACUCAA